AUGGUUGGCCAUUCUGAGAUUCUGUUGUCAAAGUGUGCGCAGUUUCGAGAGCAAGGUGAAUUCAUUGAUGUUUAUUUAAAAGUGGGUGGAGAAGUUUUCUCAGCUCAUUGCAUUGUGCUCGCUGCCAGUAGCGAUUAUUUCCACGCCAUGUUUGCUCAUGGAAUGAAAGAGUCAAACCAGGAAGUGAUCGAACUCAAAGAUGAAAGCAUUUCAGCAGCUGCCUUGAAGAUCGUGUUGGAUUCCAUCUACAGCGGCGAUCUUCAAGUCAAUGAUGAAAACGUACUUGAUGUACUUGUCGCAGCCGAUCACCUCCAAGUUACAAGUGUUGUUCAACAGUGUUGUGAGUACUUGCAAACCCAGUUUGUUCAGCUUCGAUUUGAUGUGCAGACACAUUGUCAGAUCUGCACCAUUGCAGAUCGGCACGGACUGAUAGACCUACAAGAAGCUACACAACUCAAGAUGGCGUCAAUGUACAAGGACGUUUGUGGGGAUGAAGAAUUCUUGUCCCUUAUUGACGCUAAUCAAUAUUCUAACCUUCUCAACCGAGAUGACCUCAGUGCUCCUUCAGAGACGUUCGUCUUCACAUCCGUGAUGCAGUGGAUCAAACACAAGAAGGAAGAGAGGAUGACAGUCGCGGCUAGAGUCAUCGGAGCGGUUCGACUGGGGUUGGUGGACAUCAAAGAAGUCAUCCGAGAACUGAACACAGAGGAGAUGCAACGAUUUCCAGAGAUUCAUUUACUUUUGCACGAAUCACUUCUGCACACUUGCAUGCCAUCUGUGAGUUCGAAGUUUGCAGUAGAGAAAUCCAAACUGCGUUCCACGAGUCAGGUAUGUGAAGCUUUUAUCACACAGUUAUUUGAAUGUAACUAAAAAUAUGCCCCUUUCAAAUAGAAUCAAACUGAUAUUGCUUUUCGCUCGGGUGAACAUGUACGUGAUUGAAUUAAUCCAUAGAAACAAGCAUUUCCCUCCUAAAAGCCGCAUGUCUCUCAACCUGUCCGAUAUGAAAGCUACAACAAGGGACAAGGGUGUUACGACACUUCUGUAAAAUGGCCCCUUUUUGCAUAGUGAACGUACCUAUCCCCUUUCCCUGUGUACCCCCACUCCCUCCCCCAAAAUCAAUGUUGUAUUCUAGACCCUCAAGUCUUUCUUUUAAAUUGAUGAUAAAAGCACCCGUUUCAGUUAGACAAGUGUGUCAACAACCUCGCUCCCAGGGAUUUCGCCUACCCUGGGAGCGAGGUUGGUGUGUCAACUACUUUUGUCCCUGAUUGUAGUAUAAGACCAUGGUCAAUUAAUUCAGGGGCACCCAAUGACGAUUCCUCCUAAAUACGUUGAAAACACUUUUCAGGCUAUCCAUAGUACUCUUAGAUCUCUAUAAAUGUAUUCCAAGCGGUGCUAUAAAAUUGGUCAUCCUAGGGGACUUUGACUUUUUUCGAAAUUACAAGAGCUUCAGUAUUAUUUUCCCGAAAAUUUUAGACGCAAUUUAUAUUUUUACGAAUGUGAGAAUUUUUGUGAUUCCUAUCUAAAUCACACUUUUGAAUCCGAAAAUUUUAGGUUUCCUUUUUUACAAAAAAAAUUAAAUUCUUGGGGAGUGAAAUGAGAAAAAUUAAUCCUCAGAAAAUCUUAGGAAAUUUAUGAGAUAAGUUUCGAAAAUUGUACAUGAAUGGAACUGUCAUCUAGAAAUUUGUAGCCGCCCUCAAGCAACAGAAAAUUCUAGGCAAUAUUUGCUUCUCCGAACAGAUAUUUUACAGAAAACAGUCGUUGGAUGCCCAUGUUAAUUAAAAUUAAUGUUCCCUAUGCUUGAGACAACUUAUCCAACAAAUGUUAAAAACGCCCAGCGAAUCGUAACCAGCUCUCGCCGACACAGUGUAAUUAAUCGAAAUUAUAACAGACUUCUUUUGUUCGUUUGGCGAAUACCCGGCAUGUACUGUAUAUUCAAUUAAAUUUAGAGAUGAAACAGCCUUGUUAGAAAAGAGGUAGUCGAAGGGGGUAAAAUUGGAAUUGGGAUUUGCCGUAUUUUUAAGAUUGGAACUGAAUAGGAUUUUGGUACAUGUACAGAUCAAACCCCGUCGAAACGGACUCUGAAGGGACCAUAGAAAGUGUCCAUGUUUAGCCGGUUAAAUAGCCUGCAGUGCAGGCGUAUUUUGGGUGGGCGAAACCUUGUUCGUGUUCGUAAUAUUGUUGUAGCCGCCAUCUUUGAUUUUAUGACAGUGGAAGAUAGGGGAGAGUAGAAAUAGUAACCCGUGCGCCGAGCUCAAAGAAAACGCCUGCACUGCAGGCUACCGGUUAAAUUUAGAGAAAAUGUAAGGGCUUUGUCUCCCCAGGGACAAAGCAAACUGUCCGUAUUAAGCGGGUGUUUGUAAAGCGGGGUUUGAUUGUUUAUGUCAGUAUAAUUGCAGACGUCUCCUACUUCCUUUGUCGCUCAAGGAAAACAUCUGCACGCAGGCUAUACUAGAAUUUGACCACGCAUCUUUGCCACUGGGAAUGGGAUUUGAGCCAAACGUCGAAUGGUACUCUGGAAUUUGAACAAAAUUUGGGUUGGAAAAGGGACUUGUGAACCACCCCCCCCCCUCCCCCACCACCUCCUUCGCCCCUUUUCCCCUCCGGUGUGCUUCUUAGUAGAAGACAUAGAAAUAAAUAUUAUCUUGACUUGUCUUGACCUUCAAAUGGUCAUCUCAAAACGACGAAUUAACUAGCAACGAUAAUUAUUGUUGCAUUAAAAACCCACACCACUGCUGUUUUUGGCUUUUCCCCAAUGCUGGAUUGGACGUCCAAAACGGACGCAAGAGAGGAUAAAUGAGGAGACCUAACUAAGUAAUCUUUAACUUUCUCUUCAGCUCCUUGUUGCUGUUCCUCCUGGACAAAAUAUUCACUACUUUGAUUUUGAACUUAAAAUCUGGAAGCCACUGGGAAAGUCAGGGGAAGGAGGCAGACCUGCAAGAACAUCACAUUACUGUGCAGAGACAGUUGGUAAUACUUUGUAUGUUGCCGGAGGUCGCCCAAAUAACACUAACACUGAUUUUAUUUCUUGUUAUGACUUAGAAAGAAAUGUGUGGAAAACACACCCGCACUCUGUUGGAGUAAUCAGCAGUAUGUGUACUGUAGGAGACUACGUGUAUACAUUUGGUUUUGAUUGUCAAAAGCCUCCUCAGCGGUAUAGCUUGUCUGAGGGUCAAUGGCAGAGUUUUGCAAACGUCAAGGGUACGGGGGAGAUGUACUUCUACAAUAGUGGAGCCACAGCACUUCAUUCUGAUGUUUUUGUUCUUUAUGGAAAAGGAUUUUUUAAAAACAGUUGGUUAGUGCGAAAUGCCUCGCUACAUUGUUUUGAUCACGUGAGAAACGUGUGGGAAGAAAAAGCAUCAACCUGCCACCCACAUUUUGGGUCCAGUCUUUUUGUAGUGAACGGUAAACUGUGUGUAGCAGGGGGUAAAGUUAAUGCUAAUUACGACGGUUCACCGCAUGGUAACCCUGCACCUGUGGAAGUGUAUGAUGAAGAAAACAACAAGUGGUCGGUCGUUGACCAAAAACAUAUUCCAGAAAACAACCUUGGUGCAGUGGAAGUAGAUGGGAGGGUUUAUUUCAUCAUCAAUAAAUUUCCAAUUGAUAGUGGUAUAAGAAUUCCACCAGGGGAGGUGUAUCCUGUUUCCUUGCACAAGUGGGAAAAACUAGGGAACAUAUCCUGGACAGCAGCCCUCUGUUAUGCACCAAUUAAAAAAAAGAGCUUAAAAACAGGGUAA